AUGGGACCUCUUGCAGUUCAGCAAACGCCAGCACAAAGUCGCAAGACUUCAACUACUUCAUCCUCACUGAAAUCAUCGCUUUCACAUACAAUGGCUAGUCCAGCCGUCUUUCCACCGCUUAAUCUACGCUCUACAUUUGCUAGUAAUACUCGACGGAGUAAUUUCAUGCCACGUGCCGCUUUUCCUCAAGGCGAUGAGAAUGAUGAAGAUGUUGAGCGUCGAAACGUUACGGCGCUUACGAUUGUUGAGUUAUUGGCGCGUGCUGGGGCAGCAGGAAAUAAUGCGACUUACAAGACCAAACAACAGCCUUCUCUACCUUCUCUGCGCCCACAGCGUAGUAACUCAACGGGUAAUCCCUCUCUGCCUUCACUACCCAAGAUGGUGAUUCCAUCGCUUCGUGGAGAUCAGUGGCGCACCUUUUCAAGUAAUGUGAGUAGUUACUCUACAGAUACACCCACCCACUCUACGGUUGUAAGUCCAAACAGUUUAUCACCGGCUGGAAGGUCCACGCCGAUACCUGAUCCUGCUGCUGCUGCUAUUACUUCACAGUCCGCUGAUCCUAGUCCGCCAAAGAGAGCUCGAGUCACUGCAACCCCAGGAACAGUGAACAAUUCUCGAAAACGACAGAAAGAUGAGCUAACACGACUUCGCGCACAGGUACAGGAACUACAGCGCGAAUUGGAUCACGUGCGUUCGAGGAUGCCUCGAACAUCACGCGCCGUUCCAUCAAUCAUGAACAUUGGCAUCAAGACGGAUGCUGGACGACAGAUUGGACGAUCGCAUUGUUCUCCUAUAGCCGUAACUGCUGCGCCUGUUACGGGAUUAGAGACUGGUGAUGACUUUAGUUGUAGACUGAUGGUAGUACCGGUGUGGGAACGCAUGGCGCAGCACCAGAAGGAGGAGAAAAGCAAGGCUGAGAUGGAGAAUUUACGUCUUAAAGGUCUUAUUCAAGAACAACUCAAGAUUUCGAAGGGUCUUGAAAAGCUGUUGCGAAAGAGAUGGAAGUCGUCUUUGAGCUCAGGACCUGAUGAGACCUCUGCUGGAAUGCUCGGGAUGAAGCGACCGUGUGCAAGUGACACAGAAGAAACAGUCGUGUUUGCGUCAUUAUCGUCUGGCUUAGAUGCGCUGCUUGCUGAGAUGGAGGCGGUGUUUGAGAAGGGCGGUUUGACGGGGGAGAAGCAGGAGUUACAAGAAAUGCAGAUGAUUCUUGACGAGCGACGCGGUCCGUUAAUGGAGGUCAAGGACGCCAAAAUAUUGCCAUUUGACGUGAAGGACUGCGCGGCUGCGAUCUGGCAGUCGAUGAAAGCCGAGUCGGAGGCUUCAGUUGUGGGAGGUGCUACCGGUGACACUCUGUGUUUGAAGAGUUAUAUGCCUCUUCGACAGCAUCGUGCAUCCGAUGCCGAGCUCAGUGUCCGUUGCGUGAUUCGUCGCGUUGUGGACGAACCAACUGGGCGCGUUGUGUUUGUAUGGGAGUCAGUGGCCGAGUGUCCCAAUCGCCUGCCUCACGUAAGUUCUAGUGCCAAAGGCAUGGAGAUUCGCGAUUGUGGCUGGGGACUAUUGCAGCCUCUGCGAAGCCCCAUAGGCGAGAACUCGAGUAUUUUGCAGCUCUGUUCAUACCUGAUACCCCAGUUGUGUGGUGUAUCGGCGGAGCAAAGUCGGCAACAGAUUCACGGACUCGCCGAGCUGGUAGCACCAUGCUACCGGAGUUUAUGGAGCAAGCGGCAACGCAAUGUGGAGAACACUCUCAUGAAUGGCGCCAUUAGCGGCAGGCGUGGUACGCUCAAGGAAAACAGGAGGCAGCCCGAUAAAACGAGCCGCUAA